AUGGCCUCCUCCUCCCGCCGCCGCCACCGCGAUAUGGAUGACGACCACGAAGAGGGCGAGUACGUCUCCGGCGGCUACGAAUCCUCCGACACCGAUGAUGACCACCGUUAUGUGGUUCAGUCUCGUGGCGAGGAGGGACACUCGGAGGAUCGGAGAGGCCUACCGUCGCCCACGUCUUCAUGCGAAUCGGAUAGAACCAUCGGCGACGACGGCAACCCCAGUCCCUCCUCCGUCGUCGCGGCACCGGUGCGGGCGUUGGACUGUCACAUCUGCGGGAAGGAAUUCGGCAGCCCGAAGGCCGUGGACGGGCACAUGAGAGUCCACGACCCGCAAGGGCGCCAUGGCCAACAGCAGGGGAACAAGAUGAAGCGCGUUGUGGCGGUCAAUGGGGGCUGGGCCUCCACCGGCAAGCGAGGCUGGAUAGGGGGCAAAGCUGUCUCUCGGAACGCCGAACCGAACUACUCCAUGGCAAUUGUGGUUGCAGAGCCCACGCAUCCCUUGGAGCCGAUGCCCAUGGCGUCUGCAAGAAUCAAUCUUCUUAAUUCGGGUGAGAGAAGCAGCGCGCAGCCGAUACACAAUGAUGAGUCAACCGCCAUUGUGGUGGCAGGAGUCAAUCCUUCCACCGAGGCCGUCGUCCACCAGUCUGCUGCGCCGCCGCCAGCGGCGCAGCAAGUUCAAGUCGUCCACCAGCCCUCUCCGCCGCCUGCAGCUGAGCAACAUCAACUAGUUUAUCAGCCCGCUGCACCGCGGCGGGAGUACAGUUGCAAAGAGUGCGGGAAGUCGUUCCCGACGCACCAGGGGCUAGGUGGCCACGCCGCCGGCCACAUGAACAGGAGGAAGGAAGCCGAAGCUGCGGCCGCGGCCGCGGGAAUCCUCCAGGACGGCAGCGUGAUCCCCGCUGCUUGCCGCCGCGGCACCGAGUCGGAGAAGCGGCACGAGUGCAAGAAGUGCCACGAAGUGUUCGACAAAGGAGUGGCACUCGGCGGUCACAUGAGGAGUCACUAUACUGGCCCGCCGAUCGGUUACAGGAAGAAGAAGCGUUGUCUCGCGCCGCCUGUGGUAGUUUUAGCGCCACCACCUGCCCCGGUCGCCGAGGGCGUGGCAGACCUUAAACGUGCGCUGUCGAUCAAAGAGGGAGAGCCAUCGCCUGCACCGGCCGUGACUAGCAGAGUGCGUCUCUUUGGCGUCGACAUCGGUCCGCAGGUGCAAGCGCCAUCGGAGCAACAAGGCUCGGAUACGACAGUGGGCACGCCAUCGGAGCAACAAGGCUCGAGCACAACAGUGGGCACGCCAUCGGAGCAACAAUGCUCGGGCACGGCAGAGGGCUCGUCGUCCGCCGGCGGGCAACAGUAGGCGGCGGUGGUGGACGGAUCUCGUAUGGGCGAUCGUUUGAGGAAAGUUGAAGUUGUUUAGGAUAGUUACUCUUAAAUUAUGCUGCUCUUGAUU